AUGGAGUCGGGGUGGCUGCGCGAAGAGGACGCAGCGCUGAUCGAGGAGGAUGCCGAGAGGAACGCUGAGCAGGCCGAGAGGAAUUCGGCCAUGAGGUCGAUGCUGAAGCGGCGCCGGGCGGAGGAGACCAAGGAGCAGCCCGUGGAAGCCCCGCAGGCCUUCAUGGCGGUGUCCAAAGCCGCGGCGCAGCGCAACGUGGACCAGGGGAAGCCCCCGUGGUUCGUGACGCGCCCGCACAUCGAGAACGCGGUGCUGCGGCUCCACGAGGAGAUGCUGGACUUCGUAGACUUCAUGCAGCACACCCGGGAGGAGGUGCACGCCCGGAGGAAGUGGGUACAGACCAUCAAGGAGGCGUGCGUGGCGCUGUGGCCGGCCUGCCGCGUCACCAUCUUCGGGUCCUUCUUCACGGGCCUCUCCUUGCCCAACGGGGACGUGGACGUGGCCGUGUCCGAGAUCCCCUGCAAGACCUCCACGGCCAUGAAGAUGCUGGCGGACCACCUGCUCUCCAAGGGCCACAUCAGCUGGCUGGAGAUCAUUGAGACCGCCAAGGUGCCGGUGAUCAAGGUGCGGUCGCAGGCCUGCGGCCUGCGGGCGGACAUCGUCUUCAGCCAGCCUGACGGCAUCGAGUCCUCCAAGUUCAUCCGCUCCAAGGUGAAGCAGUAUCCACAGAUGAAGCCUUUGCUCUUGUUCCUGAAGUACUUCCUUCUCCAGCGCGGGCUCCAUGAGACCUACACCGGCGGCAUGGGCUCGUAUCUGCUGUGCAACGUGGUGCUCCACUUCCUGCAGAGACAUCCAUCUCUGAAGCACGGGCGGCAGUACUCCGGCACCUCCCUGGGCCACCUCUUGUUCGACUUCCUGAGGUACUAUGGGCAGGAGUUCAACUACUCGCAGGGCGUCUCGGUGCUGGAGGGGGGCGCCAUUUUUGCCAAGGGCGAGCGCUUCCCGAACUCCGAGAAGAAGCGGGGCCCGCAAACAGGUGUGACUCUGUGCGUGGAGUCGCCGCUCACGCCCGCCAUGGACUUGGGGGCUGCCUGCUUCAGGAUGCCAGUGCUGCGGAACUUGUUCCACCACGGCUUCCAUUGCCUGUGCCACCUCUUCGUGAGCCGCUCGCCCUCGGAGAGCUCCAUGCUGUGCCCGCUGCUCAUCGACCCCCAGCACCCGGUGAUCACGGACCGCUUCAAGCUCAUGGCCGUGCAGCCCAGCGCCUUCCCCGGGGCGAAGCCAGAAAACGAGCCGGAGCCGGAGGCAGAGGCGCAGCCCGAGAAGAAGCGCAGAAGGGAGGUCCGCUUUGCCUGUGAGGGCCAAAGCACACCGUUGGUUCGCCAGGAGAACUGGAUCCCCUCCUUGGUGGGUGCGAACAAUCGCACGGUUCAGGACUACGCCAAGGGCAACUUGGAGAACGUCUUGGCGCCUUCAAGGACCUCCUGGUCUUGUAUGAUGAGAUACGCGCAAGACUCGGUGGUGGAGCGUUUGGAGCACCGGCUGUUGGCCAUGGCGCCCCAGCUGCCCAUGGCCAAUCUGGAGCGGAUGAAUGCGGUGCGAUACGCCCCUGGGGAGUAUUUCAACGAGCACCACGACGGCAAGUUCCGGCCUCUGACGAUUUUCGUCUACCUCAAUGACCUUGAGGAGGACGAUGAUGCCGGGGACACGUACUUCCCCUACCUGGGCCUUAGCUUCCGUCCCAGGCGGGGCACAGCGCUGGUAUGGCCGAACUCGGUGAACGGCGCCGAGGAUGGGCGAGUGCUCCAUGCAGGGCGCGCUCCCAAGCUCGGCGUGAAGUAUGGUGUCAACUGCUUCUUCAACGUCAACCCGAUGCGGCACAUGCGGCCAGAUCUGCAGGAGUACAGCCUGGAAGGCUCCACCAAGGUGGAUGUCCGAAGCCUGGGUAGCUCAGAGAAUGAUGGCAAGCUGGUGGCGUACCAGCUCUGCAUGGCGCCCAAGCUGGUGGCCGUGAAGAGUUUCCUCAGCGACGAGGAGGUGAACCACUUCCUGGGCCUCGCGUCCCACGCGCGGGAGGCGCCGGUGUCUGGGGCCUUCUGCGGCGCCACGCAGACUUUGCGGAUCCUCAGCCAGGAGGAGACGGAGACGGUGGCGGAGGUGGAGGCGCGGCUGGCGGCCACCAGUGGGCUGCCGCUGGGCCAUUUGGCUCCGCUGCGCAUUGUUCGCACGGCCAGUGAUCGAGGACUGUCCAACCGCGGCUGUGGGCCGAAGUCGGUCUAUGUUUGCCUCAGCGAGACGGACGAAGUCUUCUUUUACAGGCUGGGCCUGCGCUUGAAGAUGAGAAGGGGCGAUGCCCUGCUGUGGCCCAAUGUGGAGUGGAAAGGCGAGGAUCCCAUUGAGGACCUUCGGACUGUCCGGUUGCAUUUGCCUGCUGGCCCCAGCGAUGAGCAGCGCGCCUUGGGCCUCGACGCCUUCUUUCAUGACACAGACAUUCGAACCCAGCAGAAGCUGAGAACAUUCCAGCGAGAGUCUCAGGCGGCCUAG